AUGAACGGCCUCACCCAGACAUUGUGGGCAGUCAUGAAGACCUUCGCCCAAGCUGGCGGUUUUGAUAGAGUUUUGGGAAAGGUGACUGUUGUCUCUGCUGCUCCCGGGAAAGUGACUUGUGAAAUGAAGGUGGAAGAACAGCCCAUGAAUAAACUGGGCACCCUCCACGGUGGCAUGACUGCCACCCUCAUAGACUGCAUAUCAACAGUGGCUCUGUUAUGCUUGGAAAGCGGGGCGCCUGGAGUCAGUGUGGACAUGAACAUAAAGCAUCUGUCACCUGCCAAGAUCAGAGAGGAGGUAGUGAUUACAGCACACAUUCUGAAGCAGGGAAGAACGCUGGCUUUUGCCUCUGUGGAUCUGACCAAGAAGGCCACAGGAAAACUAACAGCACAAGGGAGACACACAAAACACCCGGGAAACUGA